AUGGGUAACGACGGCUCCAACGCCCUCGGCAUCAUCCCGACGGCGGUGCGGGCGCUAUUUGACAAGACUUCUCUCGAUACCUCCAACCACGUCGAGUUCGGUGUCACCCUCGUCGAAGUGUACGGCAAAGAGAUGCGGCACCUGCUGUUUCCGACGUUGGCGCGCCUCACGCGCGCAAGCGACUGCUGUGUGUGCGAAGAACGGAUUUCAAGUGCAAAUGACUGCCUGGGUCUGUUGCAGAAGGGCACGUUGUCGAGAAAGACGGUUCAGUCUGGGAUCAAGACCACAAGGACGCCGACGUUGACUUUCGUCGACUUGGCUGGCUCGGAGCGCCAGGAAAAGACGCUGGUCGAAGGGCUGCGGUUCAAAGAAAGCGUGGACAUCAACAGCAAGCGCCAUGUCCCUUACCGCGAUUCGAAACUGACCAAGCUGCUGCAAGACUCGCUCGGUGGCAAUAGCCACACCCUCAUACUCACACAUUGUGUGAGCCCAGCGCACCGCAACUUGAGCGAGACACUCAACUCCCUCGGCUACGCUUCUCGCGCCCGCCGCAUCGUCAACAAGCUGACUGUGAACCAGACGAAUGACCUCCAAGUGGCGCGACUUCGAGCCCAUAUCGAGUUGCUCACGCGCGAGCGCGACGGGCUGCAACUUCAUGUAGAACGACUGGAACGGGAUGAUCGACCAGCUGCUCUUCGUCACACCAAGUUGUCUACUCAGUACGACAACACCGAGACAAAGCACCAAGGGACCUCAUGUGCGACGGCCUACUGUCGGAUACCUCAGACAUCUUAG